AUGAGGGUGGUUAUGCUCGGUCUGGAUGCGGCUGGCAAAACAACGAUACUGUACAAGCUCCACAUUGGGGAAGUUCUGUCGACUGUUCCCACCAUCGGUUUCAAUGUUGAGAAAGUUCAGUACAAGAAUGUGAUGUUCACAGUUUGGGAUGUCGGUGGCCAAGAAAAGCUUAGGCCCUUGUGGAGGCAUUACUUCAAUAAUACUGAUGGACUUAUAUACGUGGUAGACUCCUUGGACCGAGAGAGAAUUGGUAAAGCUAAGCAAGAAUUUCAGGAGAUCAUAAAAGACCCAUUCAUGCUCAACAGUAUCAUUCUAGUGUUUGCAAACAAACAAGACAUGAUUGACUGCGUUGGUGUGCCGAUCGGGAAUAUGGGAGAAGACGGCUGCACGGUGACUAUUGUCCGCGUCGGCGAUUUCUGGUCGAAUCUCGGAGAUGGCUACGAGGAGAAUUGGAAAUUGAACGAAAGAGAGAUUUGUGUUUAA